AUCGUAAACCUUAGGUUAAGAGAAAAAAAUCAGUUGAAAAUGUAUGAGGAAAGUUCAUGUUUUGAUCCUAAUCCGAUGGUAGACAACAACGUCGGCUUCUGUGCGACGGAAACAACUUUUCCGGUAAGCCACCAGUUUCAACCACCGCUUGGAAGCACAACAAACAGCUUUAACGACGAUCUUAAGCUCCCAACAAUGGAGGAGUUCUCUGUUUUUCCUUCUGUUAUCUCUCUUCCAAACUCAGAAACUCAGAACCAAAACAUCAGCAACAACAACAACCAUUUGAUCAACCAAAUGAUUCAAGAAUCGAAUUGGGGUGUUUCUGAAGACAACUCUGGUUUCUUCAUGAACACUUCAAAUCCAAAUACAACAACAACUCCAAUUCCUGAUCUUCUCAGCCUCUUGCAUUUGCCUAGAUGCUCAAUGUCAUUACCAAGCUCGAAUAUUUCGGAUAUAAUGGCGGGUUCUUGCUUCACGUAUGACCCGCUCUUCCACUUAAACCUUCCUCCACAACCUCCAUUGAUCCCUUCUAAUGACUACUCAGGGUACUUGCUUGGCAUUGAUACCAAUACUACUACUCAAAGAGAUGAGUCCAAUGUUGGAGAUGAGAAUAACAAUGCUCAAUUCGAUAGCGGAAUCAUCGAGUUUAGCAAAGAAAUUAGGCGUAAAGGAAGAGGAAAGCGAAAGAACAAACCUUUUACAACAGAACGUGAGCGAAGAUGUCACUUGAAUGAGCGGUACGAGGCCUUGAAAUUACUCAUCCCUAACCCGAGUAAGGGCGAUAGAGCAUCCAUUCUUCAAGAUGGAAUCGAUUACAUCAACGAGUUACGCAGAAGAGUAAGUGAGCUUAAGUAUUUGGUUGAGAGGAAAAGAUGUGGUGGGAGACACAAGAACAAUGAAUUAGACAACAACAUUAACAACAACAACUCGAAUGAUCAUGAUAAUGAUGAAGAUAAUAUUGAUGAUGAAAACAUGGAGAAGAAGCCGGAGAGCGAUGUAAUAGACCAAUGUUCAAGCAACAACUCGCUGAGAUGUUCAUGGCUACAGAGGAAAUCAAAAGUAACAGAAGUUGAUGUUAGGAUUGUUGAUGAUGAAGUAACAAUCAAAGUUGUGCAAAAGAAGAAGAUUAAUUGUUUGUUACUUGUCUCCAAAGUUUUUGAUCAACUUCAGCUUGAUCUUUACCAUGUUGCAGGAGGACAGAUUGGUGAGCAUUACAGUUUCUUGUUCAACACCAAGGUCAAAAACGGGUCUCAGAUGGAUGCUAAUGGAGGAGUGAAUGUUAUGUAUUUUGAAGGAGCAAACAGCCACAACAGUGGUGGAUUUGACAAUGAGAUUCUCGAGUUUAACAAUGGAGUUACUCGAAACUCGAGAACUUUCCCUACAGAACGCGAAAGACGAGUUCACUUCAAUGACUGUUUCUUAGACUUAAAGAACCUCAUUCCAAAUCCCACAAAGAACGAUAGAGUAUCCAUUGUUCAAGAUGGGAUCGUUUAUAUCAACGAGUUACGCAAACUAGUUAGCGAGCUUAAGUCUUUGGUUGAGAAGAAGAGAUGUGGUGGAAGACACAAGAAUAUUGACGGUAGAAACACAAUUUAUGUGACUAGCGAGAUAGAGCAUCCGUUUUCAAAGAUGAGACUUAAUCAUGAUGAAGAAAACAUGGAGAAGAAGCCAGAGAGCGAUGUGAUAGAUCAAUGUUCAUGGCUAGAGAGGAAAUCAAAAGUAAUACAAGUUUAUGUUAGGGUUCUUGAUGAUGAAGUAACGAUCAAAGUCGUGCAGAAAAAGAAGAUCAACUGUUUGUUUUUUGUCUCCAAAGUGCUUGAUCAGUUUCAUCUUGAUAUUCACCAUGUCGCUGGUGGACAUUUUGGUGAGCAUUACAGUUUCUUGCUCAAGACCAAGAUACACGAAGGAGAAGGGUCGACAAGAAAUGCAAGUGCAAUCGCAAAUAGAGUGAUUGAGGUUGUAGAUAAUUAAACAGUACUACAUGUUCUUCCAAGUUUCAAAUCAAUAACUAUUAAUUAUUGUUAGGCUAAUUUCAUCUAUUUUUCGACGUUUCCUUUUAAAUUUUAUCCAUGUUUUUUUCUGCAAUACUUAAAUAAACACUUAUUUGGUAG